UGUGUGAGCCAGCAGCAGUCACUCAUCUGCCACAGACAGGCUCCCGCACACACACACGCACUUUGCUCUUUUUUUUUGUUUGUUGUUGUUUUUUUUGUUUUUUUUUUAACUAAAAUAUAUUUUUGGUAUUUAUUUGAUUUCCAAUGUUGGUGUCUUUGCGAUGUUUGGAUUUGUCGUCCCUUGCUUUUUUCACGUGUCAGUGGGAAAAUAAAACAGACAGAGAUCUGUAGGGAGCUGUCAAGAGGAGUUACAGAGAGAGAGAAGCAGCAGGGGAUAAGCGUUAAAAAAGAGACAAGGGGUUGGAGAAUUUGCUGUUCACUUGUGUCUUCAUCACUCUCCCCAUCAUCUUCCUCCUCCUUUCCUGCCACCAUCCCUCAUUCAACACCUUGCCUGUGAUUGACAUCUGGAGAGGCUGACAGCCAUGCGAAUCCCCACUCCGUCUCCAUGUGGCUCUGUCCUGGGCCGGCUCUGACAUCUGACAAUUAAUAACAAUAAUACGGGAGCCAAAGGAAGAAAUUGGAGAACACUAAAAAGAAGAAGAGUCACUUCGCUCCUGGCUUGUGCUUCAUGAAUUUAUUCUUAUUAUUUCUUUGCAAUUUCUUUUCGUGUUGCUGAUUGAAGAAUAUUUGCUGGAUUGCAAAAGAACUAGGAAUUCAUUUCAAUUUCGCCCCUUCACCCUUUUUCCCCCUUUGCACCCUCCCCAGGGCACGGACAGCCCCCCACAUCACUUGGGAGAGAGGGGCUGUGGAUAUAUUAUAGGGCGCACGGACAGGAGUUUAUUGAUGGCUCAAAGGUACGAUGAGUUACCGCACUAUGGCAUGGACGGAGUGGGGGUCCCAACCUCAAUGUAUGGAGACCCCCAUGCCCCAAGACCAAUCCCACCGGUACACCACUUAAACCACGGACCCCCCCUCCAUGCCAGCCAGCACUAUGGAACUCAUGCCCCCCACCCUAAUGUCAUGCCCACCAGCAUGGGAUCUGCGGUGAAUGAUGCUCUAAAACGGGACAAAGAUGCCAUUUAUGGACACCCCCUCUUCCCUCUUCUAGCUUUGGUGUUUGAGAAAUGUGAAUUGGCGACCUGCACCCCACGGGAGCCAGGAGUCGCGGGUGGGGACGUGUGUUCAUCAGAUUCUUUCAACGAGGACAUCGCAGUAUUCGCCAAACAGGUCCGGGCCGAGAAACCUCUCUUCUCUUCCAACCCAGAACUGGAUAAUUUGAUGAUCCAAGCUAUACAAGUCCUGCGGUUUCACCUCUUGGAGUUAGAGAAGGUCCAUGAACUGUGCGAUAAUUUCUGCCAUCGAUACAUCAGCUGUUUGAAAGGGAAAAUGCCCAUAGACUUAGUGAUUGAUGAGAGGGACGGGAGCUCUAAGUCUGACCACGAAGAAUUGUCAGGAUCCUCCACCAACCUCGCAGACCAUGUGAGUCAUAACCCAGCUUCAUGGAGAGAUCAUGAUGAUGCUGUAUCCACGCAUUCUGCGGGUACACCGGGGCCCUCAAGUGGAGGUCACGCCUCCCAAAGUGGGGACAACAGCAGUGAACAAGGGGAUGUUUUAGAUAACAGCGUGGCCUCUCCUGGCACAGGGGAUGACGAUGACCCAGACAAAGAAAAAAAGAGGCAGAAGAAACGUGGCAUCUUUCCCAAAGUAGCAACAAACAUCAUGAGAGCGUGGCUCUUCCAGCAUCUUACGCACCCAUACCCAUCAGAGGAACAGAAAAAACAGCUGGCACAGGACACAGGACUAACAAUUCUACAAGUAAAUAACUGGUUCAUUAAUGCAAGAAGACGGAUAGUUCAACCCAUGAUCGACCAGUCAAAUCGAGCAGGUUUUCUUCUUGAUCCUUCAGUGAGCCAAGGAGCAGCAUAUAGUCCGGAGGGUCAGCCAAUGGGAAGCUUUGUGUUGGAUGGUCAGCAACAUAUGGGAAUCCGGCCCGCAGGACCUAUGAGUGGGAUGGGCAUGAACAUGGGCAUGGAUGGACAGUGGCACUAUAUGUAAACUUGUCCUGCAGUGCGGUUACAAGCAAUGGAUGUCUGCAGGACAUGCCAGGGGAUUGUCUUUCUCAGGGUGGUCCUAUGGGUAUCAGUUUGGUACAACCAGCUCUCACUACUCCCCAAAAGACAUUAUGCCCUUCUACUGAAGAAAUGGACCUCCGGUGCCCCACAUCUGCCAAGCUCCCCAUCAUGAAACACAUAGCUAACUGGAGGAUUAGUUCAUUUUGGGAUGGCCAUGUACGCACAACCAUCACAUUGUUUCGAACCAAGCCUUUGGGAGGGAGGGUAACAUCCUGAAAAUUACCCCAACAUUAUAAGGAACCUCAAGGGAAAAAUGAUAAUAUGUUUAGACAAUUAAACUUUGACAAGUUUAAAAAAAAUAUAUAAAUUUAAUUCCAGACAGCUGUGAUUUUUUAAAAGAUAUUUGUCAUUUUUCUUCAUCAACAAAGGACCAAUAAAAUGAACACAAAUGUGAAAAUAUGGGCGUGAUGAAAUGCCCACUAAAAUACAAGUCCCCUCUGGAAAAGCAAAGCAGAAAAAGACUCAGAGAUAUAACUACUGUAGGAUAUAAACAUAGGAACUAAGUUAACUUGUACAUUUCUGUGGAUUUAAAUAGUUUUAGAAAAGAGACAAAAAGAUAUCCUUGUUUUUUCCACACUAUGUGUGUUGUUCCCAAAAGAAUGACUGUUUUGGCUCAGCCAGAACCCCUACUACAUUUUCCCUAAGAAGAGCUGUGGAGUCCUUUCACCUGUCUGACCAGUACAGAGGAACAUGAGGAACAGAGAUGCCAAGAAAGAAUAUGAGGCUGUCUGCAACCCCUCGUGAACUAUUUUGUUUAGGCACAUCCAAGACCAUGUGAAGAUUUGACAUAUGGUUGUCUGUAUCUGGCACUACAAAACAAUUUAUAAUAGGUCAGUUGGAAGGAAGGCAGAGACAUUUUUCCACCAUUGACCUCUCUUCGUUGUGUGGAUGCUCCUUGUUUUUAGGGGAAUUCCUGCAAACUGGUCUUUGCACCAAAUGACAUGGACUGAACUUAAUUGUAAACUCAAAGAUUGGAGAACGAGAGUGUGUGUGAAUGUGUGCGAGACAGAAGACAAGGACGUAUGUAAGAAAAAAUAAUUUGUAUGUUUCUUUUUCAAGUGGGGAGACGUGAUGAGUAGUGGAGAUGAGGUGUGUGUUGGAGAAAAUGAUGCAGUAUCACUAAGUAACGGAGUAGUAACAGUGAGAGAAUGUGUCUUAUUAAACAGACUGGAAUCUGUGAGGAGGAGGUCUUGAGUGUGAGUGAGGGGGAGGAGCUGUGGGAAUGUUUGUAAGAGGAAGGGGUAUGUAUCAUAAAGUAUGCGUUGAAAUAUUAUAGUGUGAUUGCAAGAAAACUAGAGAAUAUGCAAAUGUGACAGAAUGUGUAUGUUAGAGAAGGGAAGAAAAUACUGUAACAAAAUUUGUUCAGAGUUUGUUCUAUUAAUGUUUCAUGUUAGAUAUUAUAUGUGUUACCUCAAUGGAAAAAAGAAUGUUCUCCUAGUAAAAACUGCUGUGGGAUUGAUAUUGUAUGUCCAUGAAGAAUUUCUUUCUCAGCACGUGUUCCUCAUUAGAGAAAAAUGCUGUUACCUUUAAGCUUUGUCAAAUUUACAUUAAAAUACUUGUAUGAGGACUGUGACUUUAUGUUUAAAGAAAAAAAAAGGUGUUACAAAAUGCGGUAAUAAAUAUUUCAUUUUGGAUUUUU